CUCCGCCCGUUCGGUGCCCACGCCGCGUCCCGCCCCCUCCACGCGUGCCCGGCCGGCGCGCUCCUCCCUCCGCCGCCGCCUCCACCUCCGUCCCUCUCCAGCCGAGGAAGAGGCUCGCCGCCGCCCCGCUCGCCCCGACACCCACCCGGGCAAGGAAAAGACAGCCCGCGAUGGCCGGGACGCCCCCCCGCCUCCUCUGCCUCCUCUGCCUCCUCGCCGUCGCCCUCAGCGGCCGAGGAUACGCCGACGACUCGGGCUUUGAUUUAGCAGAUGCACUGGAUGACUUUGUCCCGACGAAGAGACCUACUCACAAGCCGCCCAAGAAGACUUCAGGUGGCACAGGAGAACUCGAUCAGUUGGAUUUCUUUGAUUCCCCACCGGAGAGAACCACCAGGCCUGCAAAGGCCACCACUGUCCCUUAUCCAAGGAAACCAGAUGAUGGCCGCUGGAACAUUCCCCAUACCACCACCACCAAACAGCCCAAAACUACCAAGCCACCCCCGAAAAAGACCGCAGGGAAAGACCCCAUGGAUUUCGACUUAGCCGAUGCUUUUGAUGACCAAAAUGACAGAUACCCUGGGGGUGGACCACCUAAAGGAAAUCCUGGUGGAGGCUCCAAAGGGGGAGAUAGAAGAGGUGGAAAUCCUGGAAUUUCGGAUGAUGACCUGAUUGGAAUCGUGGACGAAGGAGGUUAUCAGCCUGAUAAAAAGAAAGGAGACAGCGAGAACGAUUACAAUAACGGUGCCCUGGUGGAAACCGGGACAAUUGCUGGUAUUGUCAGUGGCCUCGCCAUGGCCUUGAUCGGCGCCGUCAGCAGCUACAUCUCCUACCAGCAAAAGAAAUUCUGCUUUAGCAUACAACAGGGCCUGAAUGCAGAAUAUGUGAAAGGAGAAAACAUGGAGCAAGUGGUGACCGAAGAGCCACAAGUGAAAUACUCUGUCCUAGAACCCCAGACAGCAGAAGCUCCGCCGCCUCAAGAAAACGCAAAAGUCUGAAGUCUCCGCCCUCCGGCUUACUUUAAAAAAAAAAAAAAAAAAAAGGAAACCAAUUGUUGGCGCAGAAAAAAAACAAAACAAAAAACAAAACGAAACACAUCACACACACACGAGCGCACACACGCACACACACAUCCACACGCUCCUCUCACACAAUUUGUAAUUUAGCUUUGAAACGAAACGUUUUCAUUUGGAUUCCAAAGCGAUUUAAAUGUGCAUUUUCCCCCCUUUGACUAGGGCAGGCUUCUUAUUUGUGGUAGGCUUGUAGAACUGGUUGAAAAAAAGAAAAAAAAGAAAAAAAGAAAUGAUGAUGAUGAUGAUGAUGAUGUUUUUUCGGGGUUGAUUUUUGUUUUUGUUUUUUAAUUUUUUUUUAAUUUUUAAUAUAUCGUUUUGUGACGAGUCGUAGGUUUACAUUGCCAUGGGUCAUGUCUGAGCUUGGGUCAGGUUGAAUAUGAGAUGCAACAGUUCUUCCAAAUAGUUGUUUCAUCGUAGAAGUAGGGGUGGUUCAUAUAUGAAUGACAUUUUGAUGGGACGGGAUGCGGAAGAGGAGGCGGCGGUGGCGAAGGUGACAAAAGAAACAGGUGUGAGAACAAUGGAAGUGCCUGUAGGUGACCAACCCCAAAAUAGACCAGGUGGAAAGCUUUAGCCAAGUUACACGUAGAGCUUCCGUCGAGGUCCUGGUGAGCUCCUUGAGGAGAUGGGCUUCCAAGAGACAAUUCAAGACCGAUGCGACAGCCUUUCAUAGGUCGGGGGCCGAGAAGAGACUGUGGCCCUACAGAACUGGGCUUCAUUUCAGCUAGGAACAA